AUGGCGAUGGGUGCGACCGAGGGUGGGUCAUCGAUAUGGUCGGCGCUUCCUGAUCCACUUCGGGCGUUCGCCAAUCGCCUGGACGGCAAGAGGUGCCCAAAGGAGUUGGAGGGCAGGUGGCGGAUCGAUAACAAGAGGUCCGAGAAGCUGUGCCCGUUCGUCGUUGGCCUCGGGGUCCCAAAAUGGGCGUGCCCGGCGAUAGGAAUACUGGAGCGAAGCACCGAGCUGAAAAUAUCGUGCCCCGAGUCCACGUCUAGCGGGGUUGAAUCCAUCGUCAUCGAGGACACCACGGCGCUGAGCAAGCGCAACGUGACCGAGGUGAGACUGGAUGGAAUCGAGGUCGAGAAAGCCACACGCACCGGACGCAAGAGAUACAUGCUGAGCGGGAGCGUGGAAAACGAUCACCUGGAAGCCGAGGUGGCGUCCAAGACGUCGGUAGUGACGUGUAGGCUGUUCCAGAGGGGACCGGGGUGGGAGACCAGACAAGAGCGGGCUCUGGUGCACCAGCACGACGGCGCAGUGCGGUUGAGGGAAAGGAACGUGCUCCAAAGGUCGGGAGAGGAGGACGUGGUGGUUGACAGAUUCUUCGAGAAGGUGCAGUGA